AUGGCCUCCUCUUUUGCUGCCCAGUUGAAGGAGAUUGCGGCGAAGUCUAAGAAUGAGCUUGAUCUGAAGGCUCACAAGACUGCUCAUUCCCAAUCCCUUAUAUUCGCGAAAAAAAUUGCUGGCACUCAAGACUUCGACACCAUAUAUCAACUAUGUCUCGAAGGCUUCGAAGAUCUUUGCAAAAUCGAUCCGCGAUUCCAGGAGUAUCAGCGCAACUUGUUCAGCCAGCAGAGCAAAACCCAAGAGCGAGAUCUGAUGACAGCGGAACAGAAUGCCACACUCGAUACGGUGCUUGAAGGUUGCUUAGGACUUCUAGGGGGGCGUCUCCUAUUGAGUCCUGCCAGGAAGGUUGCAGAGUGGCUUGUCCGACGGUUUAGAGUACAUGAAUACAACACUUCGUUCUUUCUCCUUACCUUCCUGCCCUACCAUGCCACUCCAUUCUUUCGCAACCUCCUAUCGAUUCUGCCCUCACCGCUUGCUCCCCAAUUCAAAUUUCUCGUACCUUACAUCCCGGGCUUGACUAAUCCUCCUCGACAUGCCAUUGCUUACGGCGCAAUAAAUAAUGACGGCUUUUUCGCUGCACUCAAUACAUAUGCGCUGAAGGUGUGUCAUGCCGGAAGCCAGCACCAAACCUUGCUCUCCUUCUGGGCAAGCAUUAUAGCAGAAGCGAUAGCUGGUAGGCUUGACCUGGCCAAGUCCGGCAGAAAGGAAAUCCAAAGGCAAAGACAAGAAGACGUGCUGUUGAAAAUACUUCCUCUCUUGAAAGAUGGAUUGUCUAUGCACGAGAUACCAGAAAUGAUGACAGCCUGUUUCACUUUCGCCAUACUUUUAGCCAGCAAAAGCCAAUUGGCGAACAAUGUAUUGGAUAGCCUUAUGGAAGCCGUCACUGGCGCUCUGAAGAAAGAGACCAUGGAUGCGGGCCUGAUUUGCCUCUCCAUCAUGACUCAACAAAAGUCUGAGCAGUUCUUGAAUAGGCGGGUUAUUACGAAGCUGUCAAAAGUCAAUGAUCUGGAAAAGCGACUGCAAGCAUUCAAUAAAUCAUGUGACAUUGAAGGCUUUACAUUUGCGAUAGUUCAGAGUGCUCUAUCCGAUGUCCGGGCGAAGGGACAAAAGGAACGACUUGAUUUAGUGGAGAGACUGCUUUGGGCUGAGCUGAUGGAUUCAGAGAGAAUGAUUCGCUCUAUUGCUUCACUGAUAGUACUGCUCAAGAGCGCAAGCCAGAAUGUCGAUCUAACGUCUUUCCGAGAUACAGUAGCGGACUUGCUUCGAAGACUCAAUGAUUCAGAAAGAUUCUCGUCUCUUGUUCCACAUGCAGUACAACAGAGCGGCGUAGAUUCGGCAAACCUGGAAGCCAGUCUGGAAAUUAUGAUCGAGGAGCCCCAGAGAAAACCAGCUGAAGUUGAGGAGAUGGAUGUUGACUCCGAUACUCCGGGCACAGCCCCGAGUCCGCUCGAUCGUGCUCUAAAGCACGUUCCACAACGCACUGUUGAAGAACAUUCGUUUCUAUCGCCUGUACCGUCCCACCUGUUCCCACCUCUUCUAGAGGCAUUCACGUUAGCUGCUCAGAGUAAGGAGGGGCUUGAAAAGUUUUUGGAAUUACCGUUGUGGAAAUUGUCUAAAGAUACUGAUGAGCCGUUGUUUGCCUCUUUUUUCGUGCGAGUGUUUUCUGGUCCAUACUCGAUUCAGGUGCGAAUCGCUGCCCUGGGUGCUGUCCAGAAUUUUCUCUCCCAGUUGUCAAACUCUGACCCUCAAGCUAUCCUACCCUAUGUCCUGCCACAACUUGCAGAUCCUGCGCAGAGAAUUCGGAGAGCCGCAUCAGAAGUUUUACUUGCCAUGGAGCAUGCAUUACCGUCUGCGUUUGUGGAUGGCGAAACAUUCAAGCAGUGGGGUGCGAAGGAUCUGUAUGGCUCUGGCAAGAUUGAACGGUCGGUGUCGUUCCAGCCUACCCAAGACGUGUCCAAGAUCCUCCAGAGAGCCGUACUGCCACUUCUUGAAGAAUGCAUACUGGAUCCAACAGAGAUCAGAGGCGCCCUCAAAAGCGCCCUGAGACCUAGCUCAGGUGACCGUGUCAGCUCUAAGACUAAGUCAAUUGAGUUAAAGAAGUACCUGAGACAAAGCUUCUUCCGCCUCCUCCUUACACAUCUCUCCUCCACACCUCUAUACUCAGUCAAGUGCGGUCUCCUAAAUCUUCUCUCAGAUGUUGAGAAGCUAGGCGGCAUUUCGAAGCGGAAAGAGCUCAUGCCGCUGCUUCUUCGUUGGGCAUCGCUUAGUUAUGAAGAUGUCGAGACGCUGGCAGCGGCCGAACAUUUGGACAAAAAAACCGUCAAUGUGGCCAUGUGCAGCAUAAUAUCUCCCACUGACGAAGAUGCUGUGAAAGCCUUGCUGGGACUAACUUUUUCAAGCAACAAAAAGCGGUCAGAUUUCGCAAUCGCUGUUUCUGAGCGCAUUCAAUCUUUUUGGCCACAGCUGAAGACAGAUCGACAGAUUGCAGCGGCUGACGCAUUGUUAAAGACAAUGUUCAGCGAGGAAGCAGAACGUGGAGGCCACUCCCAGCUACCAAGAAGUGUAUUUAAUUCAGUAGAGUUGUCCACUGAUGUUCUUAUACAUCUCCUCAACAACGUGCGAUCUUCGAUGGAUGAGGCGAAGGAGCAUUCACCUGCGUCGAAGAGGAGGCGUACCAAUGAAAGUCAGGCUGUCCCAGUCAACAAGAGUUUGAAACUUGCCAUUAUCAGCAAAGCGACGUUUGUAUUGGAACUGAUCGACAACUCCAGCCCAGAGAGUCGGCCUCAGCUUCUAAGCAGUCUUUCCGACGUCUUUAUGGCCUUGCAUCAGGUCAAGCUGCAGCACCAGUCCGAUAUGAGCUAUCUAUUGUCUCUGUCACUUGGUAGCCUCUUAAGCAUUGUCCGUAAUGCUGCUUCGCAUGCAUCUAAGCUGGAAAAGCUCGAUGUGUCACGUUUGCAAGUCGACGUCAUCAUGGAUUGUGUUCGCACAACCCCCAGUCCUCAGGUGCAAAACACUGCUCUUCUGCUCAUAGCGGCUACCGCAAAACUCCUCCCGGAGCGUAUUCUCGACAGCAUCAUGCCCGUGUUCACAUUUAUGGGGUCGAAUGUGUUGGGAAAAGAGGAUGAAUAUUCCAAUUAUGUUGUUGAUCAAACAAUGGACCAAAUCAUCCCAGCCAUGAUCGAAGCUGUUCGCGGCAAAGGUCAGGAUCUCGUCGGCCAGACUUCUGAUCUCGUCUUCAGCUUUGUGGUUGCGUUUGAGCAUAUACCUCCACACAGAAGACUCCGGUUGUUCAAAAAACUCGUUUCAAACCUUGGUGAUGAAGUUUUUCUCUCGAUUCUAAUCUCUAGCCUCACAAAGCGAUAUCCAAAUCAAGAUGAUGUCAACUCCUUUAUUGUGACUUUAACCAAUACCUUCGAUGCGGAUAUCCAGUUGGAAACUUGCGUGCGGCUUGUUGGAGGUCUGCGAGAUGCGCUUGCUGGUCAGCCCAAUCAAUAUAAGGCAGUAACCGACGCCGAGAAUGUGAAUGGCAGCAUGUCUCCGCUGGUAGUUCUCUCUUUGCUGCGGACACUUGAUAGGCUUUUCAGUGAGUCCAAUAUCAAGCCCAAGAUUGCAAGAUUUGGUAUGUCCGUCAAAAAUGGGAAGGAGAACCUCACAUCAACCUGGAAAAGCCUGCUGGAUCAGAUGAUACGUCUCGUACAGACACCUGAUCUCGAUCAAGAAUUAUCAACCACCGUGAACAGCGUUCUGUCGAGCCUCUUACGCCUGGUACCAAUCACAACGUUCGUUAGCAUCACGGAGCAUUUCCUCGUUGGUGGACCAGAUAUCAUCAAAGAAAGAAUACUGAGGCUUCUACGAUUUCGCUUACAUGCUCAGAAUGAGCGAACAUCAGCUCUUCAAGCUCAGCUGAUGGCCUUCCUUCAGAUAUUGUGUAAGACACUGACAGAGCCCAACGACGAAGCUAUCAAGCAUGCGGCCCUUGAGUGCAUCGAUUGCAUCUCAGAGCUAUAUGGCCGUAAGGAUGCACCAGCAAUGGUUCAAACAGGACGAGUCAUCAGUGAAGCGUGCCUUAAGUCGUCAGAACUCAAGCUCGCAACCCUUGCCCUACUAUGUCUAUCGUCGAUUGCCGAUUCUGUGAAAGAAGCAAUAGUGCCGAUUACACCACAGGUGAUACCAAAGGUAUUCGGUCUAGUCCAAUUCAGUCUUCAAGAAGAAGCAGAGCAUAUCGAGCUUCAUAAUGCAGCCUUUGCUCUUCUUUCCGGCGUGUUGACCCACGUGCCGUUCAUUUUCUCGAUGGAGCAUCUUGACCAAAUCCUGGUGCUAUGUGCAGAGUCUAGGAAUGCGUUGUUAAACACUGAAACCCAUGAACUACUCGAACAGGCUCUGCGGCUAGUUGGUAGCAAAAUCGAGCUGGCAAAGAUUGUUGGGUCGUUGCGGCGGACCUGGAACGCGACUGUGGAGAACGACCUGCCUGCCGUUCAGCAAGCGCUUGCUUUGCUCUUAAACUCAAUUCAGACCUCGUCCAAGUCACUCGUUGCCAACCAAGCAGACAAGAUCUCUGAACUUCUUCUCCAGGCUUUCGAUCUCCGAAGAAUCCAGUUCACCAACAUCUCAGAAGACAGCUACACCAAUGCUGAUGUUAUCAAGGUAGAGCAGACCGUCAAUGCAGUCACAAUAGAGUUCAUCUACAAACUCAAUGACACGACAUUCCGUCCUAUCUUCCACCAGAUGCUCGCCUGGGCCACGAAAUGCCCGGAUGUGAAACCCGUAAAUCUCGCCAAAGCGCAAAAGCUAAGACAAACCACGCUCUUCAAUUUCCUGGCCCACUUCUUCGGAACCUUGAAAUCGAUCGUCACGUCAUACGCCUCCCACGUCGUCGAGCCAGCCAUGGCUGCCUUGAAAGAAAUCUCCAGCGCCGCCUUGUCAUCACCACCCCACACCUCUACAAAAGCCAAAAAGCGCCACCUUACCAAAUCUCCCUCAACCCAAGAUCAAAACGACGAAAAAGACACCACUCAACUCUACACAGCCAUACUCGCCACCCUCCGCGCAGCUCUCACCCACGACCACGACGCCCACUUCUCCAACCCCGCCCUCUUCCACCCGCUCUCCGAGAUCCUAACCGAGCAACUCCACCUCGCCUCCCACCCAACCUACACCCCGUACAUCCCCUCGCACACUAUCCCAACCAUCGUCCGCCUCGCCGUCGCGGUAGUCGACACGCCCGAGCACCUCAAACGACUCAACAGCCUCAUCUGCGCCCUCCGUCGCUCCGAAGAUGCCAAGGUCAGAUCCGCCAGCGUGAAGCUGCAUUUGGCCCUCGCAGGCGCAGAGACACUCACACCACCACCACCACCAGCAGGAGAAGGAGAAGGAGCGGGAGACGAGGAAGUAGGGAUAGCGGAGGAAUGGUGCGGGACCGUGCUUUCGGUGGGUGAGGGGAUGGUCUAUGUUAAUGAGAUGUUGGAGGAUGAGGAUGAGGAGGUUGAGAGGGGGAUCAGGAGGCUGGUUAGGAGGGUGAGGGAGGUGGUUGGGGAGGAGGGCAUCUUUGAAUGA